AAGGAACAGACUGUGCCCUGUGGACGGCUGGAAAGGAAAGGUCGUUAACAUGGUCAGACACUUAGGCCAGGUUCAUCGGAGCCUGGAUCAGGCCUAUUACGCACAGAGAAAACACCAGUGAGGUACUACAGAGGCUGUAAGUCAUGCCCCCGAGUGCUCGACCACCACAGUGAGGAUGGACCUUCAUCUACAGAAGGUCCACAAGAUAGACAAGGGGACCGCCCAGUAUGCCACUAUGAUGGAACGGGCCACUGCUGCCGGAGAGAGAAUUCUUCAUAACCAAUGUGAUAUCGUCCGGAGACGACACUUUCACCGACGAACCAUGGGACAUAGUGUCCGCCAACUCCACAUCCAUUAUCGCUAGCGAGCACAUGAAUUGGCGGAGGAGUCACUGGGAGCCAUUGGAAGGGAUGAGAUGCAAGAGGUGUUUGCUGAGGAGGAGGAGGAAGAAGAAAUGAGUGUGGGGGACGAGGUAGAGACAGAGUGUGAAAGUGUAGUACAGGGCACGGAUGUUGAGGAGGCUAUGGAAAGACAAGGGCUGGUCAGGCUAGUGCAGAAGGAGAAAGAUCCUACACCGCCACCAUUCAUCAUUAUUGAUGGACGAGUACACAGGCGUGUGGAUGCAGCUGAGCCCUUUGAAGAGGAAGAUGUCGAGAGUUCCGGAAGCGAGUGGUUUCCUGCCUCUGAAGAGUUGCCCAGCUUAGAGGACUCCGUGAUUGAGGAGAAGCCACAUACCAGAAGUGCCCCAGAGGAGCAUGCAACCAGUAAUGAAGAGGUGGCCGUCGAGGUGACGACACCGGCCAAGAGCCAGACGAGAACACCUGCCCCAAAACGCCGGCAGAAGACCACCUAUCUUUCUUCGGGGAUCCAAGGCACAGAGACCAUGCCCUGUGGAGGAUUGCAGAGGGAAGGUACUAAAUAUGGCACGCCACUUUCGGCAGGUACAUGCUUGUCUGGACCUGCAAGACUUCACGCCAAGGAAGCAGCUGGCCAGGACUUAUGGGGGCCGAAAGCAGUGUGCAGAUUGUGA